CCGCUGCCGUCGGCCGUUGCGGUGGUGGCCGAGUUGCUAAUCGCUUGGUACAUCUCUCGCCUGCCUUUGCCGGUGCAGUGCAGCUGCAGCCUCUCAAGCAAUAACGCUGGUGGGGUGCCUUGGCAGUGGCUCCUCGCGCAAAAACCACGACGACAAAGGCGCACCUUCGAUGCAGCCACACGACUCUGUAACAACAGUCUGCUAUUAGAGUGAUCCUGCAUCCUACACAUAAACAUACAGCUUGGCACAGGAGCUGUUGCAGCCGCCAUGGAUCUCGACAAGGACAACGCCAACCCCACCAUCCUGAACCCCUCUGACCUGCCCUCACGCCGCCGCGGAUCGAACGCUGCAAAGCGCGACGAUGGAGGCUCGGGUCUGUUUGAUGACUUGAUACCACGUUACAACUACUUGAACGACCCCUUCGACGACCCUGUGUCGGCCAGUGACUCUGACGAUGACGUUGAGAACAUCGACGAGCAGGAGAUCUAUGACCUCAUCUCCACCAUUGCUGACCCAGAGCACCCGCUGUCACUAGGCUCACUAGCAGUGGUCAACCUCCCAGACAUCCACAUCCUGCCCCCUGUCUCUCCUCAAUCCUCCAUAAGCACGGUCGUCGUUGAGAUCACGCCGACCAUCACGCACUGCUCACUAGCUACUGUCAUUGGCUUGGGGGUACGCGUUCGGCUCGAACAGGCCCUGCCUCCCCGCUUCCGUAUCGACGUACGCAUUAAGAAAGGCACGCACAGCACCGACGAGGCUGUCAACAAGCAACUGGGAGACAAGGAAAGGGUCGCUGCUGCUUUAGAAAAUGGCACAUUGAUGGGCGUCCUGAGAAAGAUGCUCUCGACGUGCGAGUAAGAUAGCGUCGCCGACACGAUUACAGCCAUGAACAGAGUACGACCAGACAAGUACAACGAUCCAACUUCCCAAUGCAUUGAGCAACGGUGUGCAUGCAAAGGCAACACGUGACACUGAAGACAGCUGGUAUGCCAUCAAAGGUAUCGAUGGCAGGGAGGACCUGUCUAGCACUCUGACAGAACGACGCCCGUACCAUCGUCUGCAAGGCAGGGUUUGGACCGCACGCGUUGCAUUGGUUACAAAUUCGCCUCGGUGCUGAAAGGUGCUGGAUACGCAAGCUUCAGGCAUCUGGCUCAGCGCCUCUCUUCGGAAAUGCACGAUCUAAUAGCGCAGUAGCAGAACAGCAAUUGAGUGCAACUCGGCGGGAUCUUACAGUUGUCGUGCCCUCAACACUAUAAGUAGCUUGAAUGAUCAACGCGGAUGGUGACGAUCAAGGGCUGACCCAGCGCUGCAGAGCUGCGGGGCGGUGGAUGCAUACCCAAU